AUGCAAUCAAUCGAUCCCCGAGGCAGCGAGAAUAUACAAGGGGCUUCUAGAACGUCAGCAAGAGCUCAAACAACAGGGAUUCAGGCACCUCGAAUCUCUACAAAAUUUACGGACCCUUUUUCGAGACCCGCGGAACCUCCCUCAAUGCUACCGAACGAUCCAGGCACUCGGAAUACCUUCGAAGAUACGUCGGACCUCGGUUUUGACCUCGAUUCACUACCGUAUCCAAGGCCAGAGAAUCAUACAAGAGCAAGGUUAAUUAUCGAGGACUUCCUGGACAUAAAGAGUGAGGGAUUAAGAGACCACGAGCUUUGGUCUUUAUUCCGACACGCUUUUGCUAGAUGGAGCGCGGACGAGUUUUCGUUAGCCGCCAAACAAGCUCACGGCCACCGAAGAAGCAAGUUUACCUUGCUUAUUAGACUAAGGGAUCACCUAAUGUCUAAGGGAGUUUGGUGCCUCCCAAGGCAAAGAGGCUACGCCAAUGGACUAGCCUCAAUCAUCCAAAUAAAGAAGGAGCACCAAUGGACCUGGGAAGAACAGCGAGAGCAAUCAACCGAAAGAUUUGACUCAAGGUGGAACGAGGUUACUAUUGCACGCCUUAAUCGUCAAACUGAGGAAGUCGCCAAAAUUCAAGGUAAACAGGUCGAAAGGUUUCCUCAAUCAGGCUUGAUUCGUCUCACUAAAAUCAUCGACGAACCUUUACCUUCACCUCCACCUUCAACUCCAAAUUCGCUUCGCCAAUCACUCCGAAAAGAGUACGAAGAGCUCCGACGCCAAAAAGAAGCAAUUGCGCGAGACCUCGACGACCUCCGAAACCUGACAAUUACGAAGGACGCGCAACAGCGUAAGGAGAGAAUCGAGGAAGCUACAAGGCACAACGAAGAGCUCAAGGCAGCAAGGCAAUCAUCAUCACGGCGAAGUUCUCGCGAUUCUCUUCCCUCUCCCGUUCCUUUACUACUUCAGCCACCGAUUUCAUCACCGAGGGAACACGCUAAGGAGUACGACGAGCCCUUGAAGGUUGAGGAGAUUCCGGGCAAUUUUUACUCUCACCAGGGCAAUAGAUACCGCCAAGACCGAGCCCAGGAAUACGAGCAAGCUCUUGCUAGCAACCCCAACGAUCCUGACGGCUCGGACGGUGAUCCAGAAGGAGGGAACAGAAGGGGAAGCGAGUGGAAUGGGCACGGGGGAAGAAGAGGAGGACACGGUGGCCCGACGAAAGGAGGGGAAAACGGACCUCCAAGGGACCCUAGAUUCGGAAAUGAGCCGCCAAGGGACCCUGGACAAGACCCUGGACGAGGAUACGAACCCCCCGGCGAACCUAGACCAAACCGACCCCUUACCAGCACCCCUUUUUCGAACCGAGUAAUAGCCAGGCACACCUACAACACUCCGGGAGCCCUUGACGACGACGACGAUUUUCCUGAGCUCGGAACGGCAGACCCUCACCCAAAAGCGAAGGAGUUAGCUCUAUUUGCAAGGAGUUUUCCAAAAGAGCUAAAGUAUUCAAGGCCGAAAAACGAUUUUAAUACUCGGCUCAGGAUUUUUGCCGAUCACGCGUGCCGAUACGGGUUGACAACUGACGAUUACUUGGCUGCUUUCCCUAUUAUGCUAGCAAGGGAAGCAAUUGGGUUUUAUUACAACUACGUGAUCAAGACUAAACUGCCUACUUUCAAGGAGAACGCUAUAGCAGUCAAGGAUUACUUUGAGACUGAACACCGACGCCAAGCUAAAUACGAUCGGUGGGAAGAGCUUUCCUUAGAGCUGAUUCGGAAGGAAAAUCCAGCUAAUUCGUUAGCUGAAUGCUUUGAAAAGCUCGAAAGGGAGUUGAGAACAGUGCAAAGAGCUCUCCGUCCAGGUCUGAAGGACGAUAGGAGUCUCGCUGACAAGCUGUAUUCAGCUUGUAAAAACGUGCCAGAGACGACUAUUGCGCGGAUGAACCCCGCAAUCACUUCUACCGCCGCAAUUGCUGACAUUCGCCGAGCAAUUGCUUUUGCAACUGAGAUCAUUCAACCUUUUCCUGAGAAUAAGAGCUUACGACCUCCCGCCAAAGCAAGCAGAGCUUACGCGAGCUCUAGCGAGCCAUUUUCUCAGCACUCCUCUCAGCACUCCUCUCAGCACUCUCUUCAGCACUCUCUUCAGCACUCCUCUCAGCACACCUCAAGCAAGGCUGAUUCCGACGACCUUGAGGACGAGUACGAGUGCUUUAUUCAAGGCUGCCAAUACGGAAGGGAGCACUGCGAGCACUUCGCAAAGUGA